AUGGGUCUCUAUAGAUUAGUGGCGACCGCUGCGUUGUUGGUCACUGCACAACAACAGGAUCAUUCUGCCGGCGAAGCUGGUUUGACCGUUCCUCCUUCGAGCUUGCCCUACUUUUAUGUGGCGGAGGCGAGCAAGAAGUGCUUCUACGAAAAUACUCCUGUGCAUUUGCCCGUCACAGUGACGUAUGAGAACUUCAAUAAUCCUGGAGUAACGUGUACGGUUCAAAUUAGUGAUGCCCGCGGUGUUGAGGUUAUGAGCAGGGCAGUUAGUCCUCGGAAGCCAAGUGGCAAGAUUACGUACUUGACCCAGCAGUCCGGUCAACUUAGCGUGUGCGUUUCGUGUCCUAGCUCUAAGUGGUUUGGUACCGAAAUGCUCAAGUGGAGUGUCUCAGUUGAUCUUGGCGACACAGAGGUGAAUCUACAGGAUGUUGCCAAAGGCUUGAGCCUUGAAAACAAUGAAAAGCUGAUUAGGACGCUCACUGACAAGCUAAACUACAUCAGGACUCAAAACGAGUAUCAAGAACAAGAAGAGCACGGUAUGCAUAAGCUUUCCCAAUCGUUGAGUCGUUCCAUUGUGGGCCUGGCCAUUGUUCAUUUAGGGCUGCUAGGAGUGGCCACGUUCCUAUCAGUAGGUAACCUGAAUCGGUAUUUCCGGGCGGAAAAAUUGGUGUAA